AUGGCUUCACCCACGGCGUACCUUGACGCCCUCUUGACGACACUAGACGACGACACGAAAGACCUCGCUCAGGGCUUAUUUUCAAGCCAAACUCCAAAGGCCCUAGUAGACCUCCUCGUGCGCCUUGCAGCCGACGCGCCCACAGGCCCUCCGAUCCAACCCAACAGCCCCUCUUUCCUCACACUUUACGGCCAGAAUUGGUCCGAACGCCGCGAUGCAGCCCAAGCCGAACUCAGGCGUCUCCAUGCGAAACGUAAACGCUCCGCUACGCCCCCACCAACACCUGCCAAACGUGCAAAGCUGUUGCCGGCAGAGUUACCACCGACGCCUGCGCCCGCCGGACCAGACCUCGACGACGCGCCUGUCUACACACUCCACGCUCUAUCAGUUUCCGCGCCUAUGCGCAAGAAACUUGACAUCACGCUCCACCAACGCAGCAUUCGCCUCGGCGAGGCGUCCUUCUCCCUAGCCACCCUCAAGCGCGCCUUUUUACUCCCCACUCGCGGCAAGUCGAAACCACAUUGGACGGUAGUGCUCAUGUCUGCCGAUCAGGCGGUGAAGCCGGUCAAAGGAGCUGCCAUCGAGGGAUAUCAGGUCGUUUUUGGCAUCGACGCGGAGCCGACGACUGCGUUCGCCAGUACCGCGCACCCAGCUGCCAAGGAGACACACCCAAAAGGCAGUCUUACGCGGCCGGUGUUGCUGGAGUUCCUCCGUAAACUGCCCAUACCGUUCUACGAGCCGUCUUCGAACGUGUUCGCGCCUGUAUCCGGAGCUGGACUUGGCAUAGCGGCAUACCGCGGCGCGAAAGAGGGCACCCUGUGGUUCCUCGCCGGCGGUGUUCUGGGAGAGAACAAGCCGUGCGAGUUCUGGGCUUUACCGGACAUCGACGAUGCGGACGACGCGGUGCGGAUGAUCAGUGCUACGGGGAGGACGUGCACGGUAUUUGUGCGGAGAAAGGGUACGGUGGAAGGGGAAGAGGAGUAUGAGGGCGAGGAGACGGAUUUCGGCAUGGUUGAGGGGAGAGAACAGGAUGGGAUCAGGCAGUGGGUGAGGAGGUACCGGUCGGCGUUUGGGAAGGAUGCGACGGUUGCGACGGGUUCGGGUGAUGCAUCCGGGUCGAAAGACGCUGAGGCCGGGGCGAACGGACCUGCGCCUAUGCUCGAUGACGAUGACGACGACUCGGACUUUGGCGUCGAUAGCGACGACAGUGAUGGCGGGUCUCCGACCAGCUCGAGCGACUCUGACGACGAAGAGGCGCCAGGCUCGGGCGGAGAGGCAACUGGCUCAGAUUCUGAAGAAGAGGACGCUGACGGUGGAGAGGCUGAGGAGGAGGAAGAAGAUGGGCCGCUCGACCCCGCCCGGCAUCCUCUCAUGCGAGCUGGUGCAAUGCCAAAGAUGAAUAAGGCUGCCAUGGACAUGGCCGUUGGGAUGGUCGUCGAUGAGCUCGUUGGCGGGCACGAUGUUGAGCAGGAUGGCGAAGAGGACGAGCUAGACGACUGA